CACCGAAACGCGCGCGGUUUUGGGUUUGGACUUCAUCGGGCGGCAGGGACGGCGGACGAGAGGAGAGAUGGAGCGGGACGUGAUCGUGCGGCUGGCUGCUAAACUCGGAAUCGAGUCAAAGAAGGUCAUCUGGAAAGCAGAGGAAUAUUUGCGGUUGUCUGAAGUGAAGUGCACAGGGUUUUCUGCGCAUCUGACAGCAACAAGCAGCGCCGUGAUGUGUCUUGAUCUUGCAGCAACUUCACUUAAGCAUCCAUUUGACAAAGAUUUUGUCAUAAGACUAUCCGGAUUGAACAAAAAAGUUUACCAGACUCACCUGAAAGCUUUGGAAAGUAUCCUUGGUGUACACACUCCACUGGGAAUCCGAGAUCUAGCGGUUCAGUUUGGCUGUAUAGAAGCAGUUAAUGCAUCAAGCAAGAUACUGCAGAGAUAUGAAACCAGUCUAUCGGAAGCACAGCAAGGUGAUCUUGAUUUCACAAAGCCUCUCUUCACCACCGCAGCUCUGUAUACUGCAUGCAGAUGUUUGAAAAUAAAGGUUGAUAAGACAAAGUUUAUUACUUCAUCUGGGGUGAAGAAGACCGUCUUUGAUCGACUCUGCUCUCAGAUGGAAACAUUCGGAAAAGUUGUUUGCAAUGAAUUUGAUGAAAAAUCUAAAGGGACUAAAAGGCAAAGGACAUUCAUGGAAUUAUUAGAAAAGGUGGAAGACGAAGAUAUUCCAACAGAACCCAAACAAGAGAAAGCUGAACCCAACAAAACAAAGCAUCAGGAUUAUGAAGACUGGAAAAGACGAAUUCUAGAAAAUGCAGCCAAAGCCAAGAUGAUAAAUUCUUAGUUUCUUAUUUUGUAUUAACUACCAGUGAAGCAACCUAAUGUAUAAUUUAUUGGGGAUGAGGGAGAGACCUAUAGCUGCUGACUUCAUUUUAGAAACCAAGUUUUCAAGUUACGACAUGCCUUAAUUUGUACAAUCCAGUCUAUCAAUAUGAAGACUCACUUUAACUACAUGGUGAUGCAUAAAUGCACUUGGCAAACUUUGUGAUUAAUUGUGAAUUUACUACUAAAAUAGCUAGUAUAUGGAAAUCUUCAGAUCCCCUUUUGUAAAAUACAUUACAUUUUAAUGCAUUUUGUGUACAUUUUAAGAGCUUGUCUGUUUUUGAAUUGUUAUUUGUUCUUUAUUGAUUUUUGAAGUAGAAUUUGUUUUAACUUUAACAUUUAAAAAAAAUAAAGUUGGA